AUGGGCGCCCGUAUCCAUGCCUACUUUCUCCGCCUUGGAUUAUCCCAUGAAGAGGCUUCUGAAUUACACUUGAAAUAUUAUACUCAAUAUGGUCUUGCAUUGCGCGGUCUAACCAGGCAUCACGACGUUGACCCCCUAGAUUUUGACCGUCAAUGUGAUGGAUCUCUACCACUCGAGGAUAUGAUCGCUUACGAUCCAACUGUCAGAAAGCUUUUUCAGGACAUUGAUACCUCCAAAGCUCGCAUCUGGGGAUUGACUAACGCAUAUCGACCGCAUGCGGAACGUGUUCUACGCAUCUUAAAGCUGGACGAUCUAAUUGAAGGACUUGUGUACUGUGACUAUCUCGUCAAGGAUUUUGUCUGUAAACCUGAACCAGAAUACUACGAAAUGGCAAUGAAGCAGGCGAAUGUUACAGACCCCUCGAAAUGCUAUUUUGUCGACGACAACCGUAAAAACGUUGACGCGGCCCGUAAACUGGGCUGGGCGCACUGUGUGCAUUUCUGUGAAAAGGGACUCGAAGCUAUGGAAGGUGGAAGGAUCAAAGAAAUUGACGACGCAAGGGAACCUGGUGCUACUGACAAUGAUGUGAUUGAUAUCACGACAUUGGAGGAUUUGAGGACAGUCUGGCCUGAGAUCUUCAAACAAUCGUGA